AUGGAGCAAAUUUUUGAGAAAUACCUCAAGAAACAACAAGUGAAGUGGAGCGCGUUUGAAAGCACAACUGAAAGGAUACCAUGGGAUCAACCGGAGUUUCCUGCUGAAGAAGCAAAGGCCCAAGUGAACGACAUGCCCGUUCCUCCUCCCGAGCCUGUGAAGGAACGUUUAGAUCAGCAUCUUGAGAAUGAACCGUCUCCAGCACCAGAAGCUCCUGAAACGGCGCCGACUGUGCUGGUGGGGGAUGGGAUCGUAGUGGAUGAGAGCGGGUCGUACUGGUACUCGUACAGGCAUCGAAGAUCCCCGAGGAACAGCUACGAGGAGGCAAGAGUAAUGGUCAAGGGCAGGAAGGUGUCGGUUCAAGGCACAUGGAGCGACGAAACAGUCGCGCUGGAUCUCAGUGCGAUGGAGACGUUGAGGAUUGAGAGUCAGCCAGCGAUGCUACGGCAUGUCGACCGGGGAGUCUGGAUCAUGUGGCUGGUGUUGUCGCACCGCGCAGAUCGGCAGGUGUGCACCAACGAGACCGAGAAGGUUGCUGCGGAUUGGGAGGAGAAGGCUGGGGAGAGAAUGAGAGCAUUUGCCAUCGCGGAAUCGGAGUUUCCUGAGGGUCCUUUCAAGCUCCGCAGCCAGCUCUUCUUCGACGAGCGGCUGAUCUCCCUCCGAUGCUGCAGAGAUCUGAUGCCAAUCUUUGCUUACCUUGUCUCAAGCUCCCGCAAAUCGGAGAAACAAGGGGAGGGAGAGUCAGACUCCGACGGCAAGCCGCUGGUGAUCCUGCUGGACGACGAUCUAGUAGGAAUCAAGACUGCAUGGUCCCUGCCGGGGACCUCGGGAAAUCCGAUCAGCAUGGCGAGGAGCGGAGAUCUUUGGUAUCUGUUGACAACAACCAGUCGUCCUGAUCGGAAUGCCUUGAGUCUGAUCGAUCUGAUUCGACACAACGACGUGUGGACUUCGCCUGCGUUAGGAGCAGGACAAGUGUGGAACCACUCGGGCCAGCCAAUCAGCAGAAAGAUGAACCCUGAGAACAGCUCCCUCUCGCUGGCAAUCAACAUCCUUGUCAACACGCGGGUGGGUUGCAUGCAGUUUUUAUUCGCUAACGGGCACACGUACUUGAGAUGCGGAUCAGCAGAAGACCUGCUGCCUGGUGCAAGGCUGAUGUAG